GGCAUUGGCCAAACCAGUCUCUCAAUUGCGAGGGAUUUUGAGAGUGAUUGCCUGACGGUGUAUUUAAAUUCGCGGCAGCAAUGGCAACGGCGAAAUUCAAGGAUGCAUCCCCGUAUGUUAAGCCGAAACCUUUACUACCUGAGGAAGAUUAUCUCUAUAAAAAAUACGUAGAGGCUCUUUCACUGAAAACUGAGUCCCAAGAUGAACCGAUAGUCAAGCUAGCCCUGUUCGGUGUGGGUCGUGCCGGAACAAUACAUUUAAUGUCUGCUGUUUCCAAUGCGCGUGUCGAGCUAUUAUACAUCGUGGACGAUAUCGAAAGCAAUUGGCCAAAAAUAAAAAAAUACUGGCAUCUGGACAACGUUACUUUCCUGAAUAGCAAGCAGUCUGACAAAGUAUUCAAAGAUCCCAACGUCGACGCAGUCAUCGUGGCGUCGCCGACUUACACCCACGAGAAUAUCGUCAUCAAGGCUUUGGAGGCGAAGAAAGCGGUCUUCUGCGAGAAGCCUAUAGCGGAAAAUAGUACGGACACCGCCAAGUGCUACGAGAUAGCCAAGAAAGUGGGCAAGCCGCUGUUUUGCGCGUUCAAUCGGCGAUUCGAUCCAGCUUACUCGAGCGUGCGGGAUCGAGUUCGCAAAGGUGAGAUCGGACACGUUCAUAUGAUCAAGACAGUCGCUCGCGAUUCCCCUCUGCCAACUAUAGAAUAUUUGGCCGCGUCCGGCGGCAUCUUCCACGAUUGUCUAGUCCACGACAUCGACAUGGUCACUUGGGUGAUCGGAGAUUACCCAGACAAGGUUGCGGUCCUGGCUGACGCGAACGUCCCGGAAAUCAAGGCGAUUGACGACUUCGACACGGUCGCAGUAACCAUGCACUUUCCGUCAGGAACUCUCGGCAUGAUCGAUCUGUCGCGCAAUAGCAAUUACGGGUACGAUCAGCGACUUGAAGCGUUCGGUCCGAAGGGUAUGUUGCGGGCCGACAACGAACAGCCGAUACAUUCUGUUCAUCGGCACCACGACGUGCAGGGAAAGGUCACCGCUCCGAUCUGGUACUCGUUCGCUAGCCGUUUCUUGAACGGCUACCGAAGGGAAUUCGAUCACUUCGUUGAUAUAGUUCUUGGUAAAGCCGAGUCGUCGGUCAAGUCAAAAGAGAUCCUGGCGGUGAGCAAGAUUGCUACAGCCUGUGAGGAGUCUGUUCGCACGGGAAAAGUCGUGCAUCUCAAAUGGGACAAAAACGAGUUGCCCGAUAAUCAAUGAGAGGACAGCGGGACUUCUUCAAUGAAUAUUUAUGUAAAUCUAUGUAGCAUCAUUUUCUACAUCAAAUAAAAUGUUGUGCAGUGAGAAAGGUGCCGAGAUGAUGUUCCAGCUUUAUAAUAAAUAUUGUUACAUAUAUUGUUUAAAUUUAGCAGGAAAUAAAUUGCUGCAGCAGCAUCAAUGAGAAAACAGCAAGACUUCUA